AUGUAUAAAAAUAUAUUUUCUCCUGAUGAUAACAUAAAAGGAGAUAGAUAUAAAGUAUAUUAUUAUCAUACUAAUGAUUUAAUAAAUGAUGAAUAUAGAAUAAGUUAUAUAGAAUGUUAUAAAAUAAAAAAUGAAAAAAUAGUUACUAUACUUCAUUAUGUGCUCUGUAUCUUAUCUGUUGGAUUAUUACCUUUAAUAUUAUCUUGGUUUCCGAUUUUUUAUUUUCGAUUAUUACAUUCAAAGUGUUUAUUAAAUGAAUGCGAAAAAGUCCUAAUAAUAACAAAAGAUGGAAAUAAAUAUAUAAAGGAAAUUAAAAAAAUUAAAUUUAAUCAUAAUGUAUGCUAUGUUAUGAAUGAUGUUUUUUUUUUGGAGGAGCAGUCGAUGUAUUAUAUGUAUAAUGAUGAUGAGGAGGAGAAGAAAAAUAAUUUUUAUGAUAUGAACAUAAUGGAUGAAGGAAGGGUUCAAAAGAAGGAUUAUAUAAAUUGUGGUGACAAAUUAAAUUGUGGUGACAAGAUAAAUUGUGGUGACAAAUUAAAUUGUGGUGACAAAUUAAAUUGUGGUGAUAAUAUAAAUUUGGGUGAUGAUAUACGCCUCCAUAAUAAUAUAUACAACAUUAAUAUACAUCAUGCUUUGAAUGAGAAUAAAGAAUAUAAUAAAUCACGGAUCCAACAUAACAAUGAUAUAACAUACUUAUUUGAAUUUUUAGAUAUUCGUUAUGUAUAUAUUAAAAAAAAAAAAUGUUUUGUAGAAUUAUAUUUCAAUAUAAAUCAUCCAUUUAGUUAUAUCCAUUUUAUGUGUAAAGGUUUAAGAAAUGAAAACUUAAUAAAGGAUCGAAAGAUAUUAUAUGGUGAAUGCAAUUUAAAUAUAAAGUUUGAUUCAUUUAUUAUAUUAUUAUUUAAAGAAAUUAUGAAUCCUUUUUUUAUGUUUCAAUUAUUUUCUAUGUUAAUAUGGAGUUUAAAUAACUAUAUAGAAUAUUCAAUAAGUAUCUUAUUUAUAACAAGUUUAUCUAUUAUAUUAGAGUUAUACACUACUAUAAAAAAUCAAAAGAAAAUAAAAAAUAUGUUACAUUAUAUAUGUCAAGUAAAAGUAUAUAGAUAUAAUACUUCUUAUAUUAUUAAUUCAUCAGAAUUAGUUCCAGGGGAUAUAUAUGAAAUUAUAAAUAAUAUGACCAUACCUUGUGAUACUAUAUUAUUAUCUGGAUCUGUAACAAUGUCAGAACAUAUGUUAACAGGAGAAUCGGUGCCUAUAUAUAAGGAGCCUUUGCCCUUUCACACAAAUGUUAUAAAUAAAAAAAACAAAAAAAAUCAAAAUGUAUAUCAAAAUAUUUAUCCACAUAUAUAUCAAAAUAUAAAUGAAAAGGAUCAGUACCUUCAUAUUUAUAAUAACGAUGCCACUACUAAUGUAGUCAAUCAUAAUCAUGUUAUUAUCAAAAAGACUCUGGAAAAAAAUGAUAAGGAAUAUAAACACAAUACCCAUCAUUUGCAUACUAUGAACAAAUUAUUCCAUUUAAAUAAAACUUGUGAUGAUGAACAUAUUAAAAAUAACAAAAUAAAUUUUGAAAAAAAAAAAAAAAAAAUUAACAAUUUGAAUUGUCUAAAAGGAACAGAUAUUAAUACUAAAAAUUUAUUAUAUGACCAUAAAAUGUGCUUCAACAUUUGUAAUGAUAAUCAUGAUGUAAAUAAUAUUAACAAUAAAUUUAAUCAUAGUAAUAUAAAUCAUGAUAAUGAUUAUAAUAAACAUACUAAUCAUUUAAAUUGUGAUGAAGAGAAUAGUUAUAUAUAUAAUGGCAAAAAAAAAAACACAGAACAUAUUUCACAAAAAAAUAAAAAUAUAAUAUAUUCUAAAGAAGAAAUAAAUAAAUGUAUCUUGUAUGCAGGUACUUAUGUUUUAUCAUUAAAUAAUAUAGAUAUAAUAAAAUAUAAUAAAGAAGAAAAAAGAAUCCUAGGGUUAGUUAUAAAAACAGGAUUUAUUACAACAAAAGGAAAGAUAGUUAAUAAUAUAUUAUAUUAUAAAAAGAAAGAAUUGAAUUUAAUUUAUGAUUCAUAUAAAUUUAUAAUUAUAUUAAUUAUAUAUGCAUUAUUUAGUGUACUUAUUCUUUUAUAUAUCACGAUAAGUAAUAACGAAUAUACAAAUAAUAUUAUAAUUAAAUGUCUAGAUAUUAUAACAGAUGCAAUACCUCCAGCUUUACCAACAACUUUGACAGUAGGAAUUACUAUAGCUGUAAGUAGAUUAAAAAAAAAGUAUUCUAUAUCAUGUUUAUGUCCAAAUAAAAUAAAUUUAGCAGGGCAAAUAAAUACUAUGGUAUUUGAUAAAACAGGUACCCUGACAGAAAAUAAUUUAGAAUUUAUAGGAAUAAUAAUACAAAAUGAAAAGGAUAAAAAUAUUUUAACUGAUUUUAUCCCUAUAAAGGAAAUGAAUAGAGAAUCUUAUAUUGAUUCUAUGGAUGAUAAUAUGAUACAUAAUAAAGAUUCUAUUACAUCAGAACAUUAUAUUAAUGAUAAUAUGAAGAAUUCAUCUAUAUCUUCAAAUAAAAAAAGCAUAACAACAAAUGAGGGUUCUAAUUUUUUAGUACAAACUAUAAAAAGGUACUUAUUAAAAGAUUAUUCUGUGAAGCAAGAAGAAAAUGAAUAUUAUAAAAAUAAUAUUUAUGGAAAUAAUAUACAUAUAAAUGAUAGUGCAUGUUCUUCAAAUCUAUUAAAUUCUGACACAGACAAUGGGUAUUGUGAAUAUUAUAAUAUUGAUGAUUUGCAUAAUAUGAAUAAAAAGACUAUGGAUAUGAAUUCAAAAAAUGAGUUAAUAGAUAAAAAUAUAGAAAAAAAAGUUGAUCUAGACAACAAUAUAUAUCCUAUUAACUAUAAUAAUAAUAAUAAUAAUAAUAAUUGUGGUGAUAUAUAUCAUAGAUUAGAAUGCAAUAAUAUAAAUAAAGAUAAUUCAUUUAUUAUAGAUGGUGAAAAAAAUAAAAAUUAUAAUAAUAUAAGUGAACACUUAAAAAUUAAUUAUCCUAUCCUUUUUGAAGCAUUAGCUUGUUGUCAUACACUAUAUAAAGUAAACAAUGAAAUAAUUGGAGAUGUUCUAGAAUUAUCCAUGUUUAAUUCCAUAAACUGUGAUAUGAUAAUAAAUAAUAAUUCUUUUAUUAUCAAACAAAAAGAAAAUAAAAAUUCUUCUUAUGAUUUUGAAAAAAUAUAUAGUGAUAAAAAAAAAAAUAGGAAUAAUGAGAGAUGCCAUUUGAAUAAUAAUUUAGUAUGUUAUAAUAUUUUAAAAAAAUUUGAGUUUCAAAGUACAUUACAAAGAAUGAGUGUAAUUGUAAAAAGUAUAUAUGGUAAUGAACAAAGCACAAAAGGAGAUGACAAUAAUAAUAGUGAAAAUAAUAAUAGUGAAAAUAAUAAUGAUGAAAAUAAUAAUGAUGAAAAUAAUAAUGAUAAUUAUUAUAAUAUUUUUUGUAAGGGUAGCCCAGAGAAAAUUAAAGAGUUGUGCUUAAAAAGUAAUAUACCAAAUAAUUAUGAUGAAAUAUUAAAUAAAUAUACAAAACAAGGUAUGAGAAUAUUAAGCAUAUGUUAUAAAAGAGUAAACACAAAAAAUAUAAACUUAUUAAACGUUAAACGAAGUUUUGUGGAAUCUAAUUUAUAUUUUUUGGGUUUUUUAAUAUUUACAAAUAAUAUAAAAAAGAAUGCUCCUGAUAUUAUACAUAAUUUACAAUCAUCUGGAUGUCAAUGUAUUAUGUCAACAGGUGAUAAUGUCUUAACAUCAAUACAUGUAGCCAAAAAAUGUGGAAUCAUUAAUACAAAUGUAGAAUCCAUAAUUAUUGGAGAUGUAAUAUCUGUUACUACUAAAAAUAACAAACAUAAAAAAAAGUUAAUUUGGCACAAUCAUCAAAAUGAUGUAUUCUUAAAAAGUCAUGAUAAAAAAAUAUCUAUAGAUACAAAAUUUACAUCUAUUCAUUCACAUCUAAAUAAUGAUAAUAUGAUUAAUUCUUAUAAUUAUCAUUUUGAUGAUUAUAUUACACCAUAUCAUAACUCUACACAUAAUAAUAAUAAUAGUAAUAUAUUAUAUAAUAACAACAUUUUUUACGAUAAAGAAAUUAAUAAUGAUAAAAAUUAUAAAACAAUAUCUACAUUAUCUCAACAUACAACAACCAAUGAUAUACCAUUCGACAAAUUAUGUGAUAUAUUAUUUAAUAAAGAUCCAAGAAAUGUAAGUAUUGUCUUAACAGGAAAAGCAUUUAUAUUUUUAAAAAAAAAAUUUGAAUCAUUUCAUUUACCAUAUUAUGAAGAAUGUAAAAAUAUUGUACAUUAUAUUUUGAAAAAGAAACAUAAAAAAAUUAAAAACAUAAUAAAUAAUCAUAAUAGUAAUUUAUAUUAUCAUAAUAAUAUCAUUAAUACAUUUAUUCAAAGAAUCAAUAAUAAAAAUAUGUGCUUCAACAAACUAUUAUAUAAUAUACAACAAAAAUUAUUUUAUAAUCUAUUUAAUAAUAUAUAUAAAAAGAAAAAAAAUAAAAAAAAUUUUUAUGAUCUCAAUGAAUCACAUUUAUUAGAACAUUAUAAUAAUAAUAAUAAAAAUAAUAAUAAUAAUAAUAAUAAUAAUAAAUAUAUAUCCAUAUACUUACCUGUGAAAAAUAAAAUGAAAAUUAUAACAAAGAAUAAACGUAAUCAUAAUAUUAUUUUUAACACACAUACAAGUAAUAUACAUUUGAAUAAAUUCAAAUAUAUACAUCAUAAAAAUUAUUAUUAUCCUCAUAAUUGUAAGAAUCUACAAAAAAAAAAAAAAUCCCUUUUUUAUUAUCUAAAAAAAUAUAUUAACUCUGAAAAAAAGAAAUAUUUACAGAAUGGUUUAUUAAAACAUGAUAAUUAUAAACAGGAAGAGGUACCACUAAAUAAGGAUAUAAUUUAUUCUUAUCAAAUGGAGUCUAUAAAAACAAAAAAAUUUAUUCAUUCGGUAAGUGACCAAUUUUGUAUCUUUUCAAGUCUAAUUCUGUCUUUUUAUAUUAUAAAAAAUGAUGACAAAAAAAAAAAAAAUAAAAUAAAUAAUAUAUAUAAUAUAUAUAAUAUAUAUAACAAAAAGAACCUUUUAACACACAAAAGAAGUUUUUUCCUUAGUGGAUCCACAAAAUUUGUCAAAUUAUUUUCCAAUAUAAUAAGACGACAAAAAAUCAAAGACAAAUAUAAUAAGAAAAUAAGAAAAUACAAAAUGAAUCAUAUAAAUAAUAUUAUAGAGAAAGGACAUGUCAUAUUAAAUAUGUAUCCACAUGGUUUCAAAAAAGAUUAUUCGUCAUUAAAAAAUAAAUACAAUAUAAUUAAUAAUAAAGAAUAUAUUUUAAAAAAUGAUGAUGUUUAUGAUAAUCAUGUUUAUAAUAUGAACGAUAUGUAUAGAAAUAUAAAAUAUGGAUGGAGUGAAGAAAAAAUGAAAAACAUUUCUAUUCACAAUAAUGAUAUAUUUGAAAAUAAAAUAGAUUCAUUCUUAGAACAUUUAUUAAUACAUAAAUGCAAAAGGAAUAUAUGUCAUAAAUAUAAUGAUAUUAAAAAUAUAAAAUUAUCUAUAUAUGAAUAUAUUUUAAGAACAUGUACUGUAUAUGCUAGAAUGAAACCUAAGGAUAAGAGUGAUUUAAUUUUAUCUUUAAAGAAAUUACCAAAUAAUCCAUAUGUUGGAAUGUGUGGUGAUGGAUCAAAUGAUUGUUUGGCAUUAAACUCUGCAGAUAUAGGAAUAUCUUUAUGUAAUAAUAAUGAAUCUUCUUUAUGUUCCUCUUUUACAUCUAAUAAAUUAUAUCUUCAUAGUGUAAUUAAUAUAUUGAUUGAAGGUAGAGCAUCUUUAGUUAAUUCAUUUCAAUUAUUUAAAUAUAUCUCUUUAUAUUCUAUUAUGCAAUGUUCUCAAGUUCUUAUUUUAUAUUCUAAAUCUAAUAAAUUAACAGAUAAUCAAUAUAUUUUUAUUGAUAUAGUUACUGUAUUGCCUUUAUCUAUUUUUAUGUGUUGGACACCAGCUAGCGAAAAAUUGUCAAAAAAUAUUCCUAUGGGCAAAUUAUUUUCAUUUCCAGUAUUGAUUAGUAUAUAUGGACAAAUAAUUAUUCAGUUGUUUUUUGUUAUGAUUUCUUUAGUUCUAUUAAUGAAUUUGUCAUUUUAUAAAUAUGAAAAAAAUACAAAUAUAAAAGAAAAAUUGGAUGAUACUUAUAUAUAUAAGGCACAAAAUACACUUUUAUAUAUUCUUGGCUCUUUUCAAAAUUUGUUUAUCUGUAUAUCUUUAAAUAUAAAAAAUGAGUGGAGAAAGAGUGUGUUUACAAACAUUGCCUUUAUAAUUUGGAUGUCAUUUUUACUUCUUGUGAGUACUUGUAUUACCUUUUUUUCCUCAGAAAUGUUUUUAGUAGGUUGGAUUACUGACUUACUCAAACAAUAUCUAAGUUUAAUUACAUUUCCUUUUUAUUUUCGUAUAUAUUUAUUUUUCAUUUUGAUUUCUAAUUUUUUAUGUUCCUAUUCAUAUGAAAAGUAUAUUAUAAAAUAUUUUGAGAAAAGGGAAAUCAAAAAGAAAUAUAAUUACAAUCAUAUGAAUAUUUUUUGUUCACCUCAAGAAUUAGAUACUACAAAUGUUAUCGUAACGUGUGAUUAG